GCCUCUUCCUCCUAGCGAGAGCCGCAUACAGACCACAGGUUGAACGCAUGAGUGCUAGCUGUUGCUAGUUAGCCUUGUAUGCUUGCGUGAUAAAAACUCAACAAUUUAGCAACUUUACUAUUAAACGUGUUUAAUCGUUAUAGGUGAUAUCAUCUAAGGACCAGCUACAAGAUGAGUUUACUCGCCAAAAUAGCAGAAAUUGAGGCCGAGGUAAGUUAGCUAACGGUAGCUGUGAUUCACGUUUUAGCUUGGCCACUUGACUAACGUUACGUUAGCGAGCUACUAUAGUUGGCUAAAGUUAACUUGGCUAAUCGAGGACGUAACGUUACAAUGGAUUUCUCCCCCUCAAAACAUAUUAUAUAACAUAAUAUGAUGGCAGACACCCAAGUCUGAGCAUAGCUGGGUGUUAUUUAGCUAAGAAUUCUCAACUCUACGUUAGUUUUUAACGUAGAUACUAGCUCGGUAGUUGGCUACUGUAGUUAACUUUAGCUGGCUAUGUGUUAUUAUUGGCAGGGUAACUAGUUGUCUGAAGAUACCGACCCUACCUUUACUCCACAGAACAAUAAGCUAGAUGUUUCACCGGAUGUAUAAAUCUGAAGCAUUCGGUUGGUGUUUCCACUCACCACCAAAUAUGGCGAUGAGAGGAAGUCCAGCAGUGGGAGAAGAUGCAUUUUGACCGAGAUUCUGCUAAUUUUCUCACCGAUUAAACAUUUGAUGUCAAAACAGUUUUCUGUUCCAAAACGAUAAACUGUUAUGAACAGAGUGGACAACAUUUUGUAGACUUUACCCUUUGCCAAAGUUUCAAAAAAUUGCAUUGUUUUUGACGUCCCCUAACGGAAAUAUGCAAAUAAAUGGGUCAUUUCAGCAAGCCAUGACACACACCAUCUCAGAUUGUUCUGAAAUAGCUUCUGAAGUUAGAAACAGAUAAAUUCGUGAAACUUUUUUUUUUCAUUUAAUUUGAUCUCUGAGAAAUUAAGCAAAUUGAUUUCACCCAAAUGGACCCUUUUUUUUAAUUUAUAGGAUUCACAUAAUGUUCAACAAAUAUAGUACCCAACAUCCGAUUAAGUCCAGACUUAUUCCUACCAUUGAGUAAGACAUGAGGAAUCCAAUAAAAUGGUCAAAGGCCAGCCACAGACCCCCCACAUGCCAAUCCCACCCCAACAACCAGUAUACAGAAUCGGUUCUCUAUGUCUGACAACUAGUAUGGAGCUGCGGCUUGAAGUAAUGCUUCUUUAUCCUUUGUAAUGUAUUUCCUGUGAAUCUGAUUAUUUCCCCCCCCUUUAGAUAAAUUAGCCAUUUGAAGUCGUUUGCAUUAUUUACCAUGAAUUCAUGUGAAAGUACCAUGUUUUGCCCACUAGAUGCCGCUGUUCCUGCUACUGCCACCACACCCAGUAAUCAAUUUUGCUGGUCUCUUGUGUUUUUUAAAGGGAUCACAACAUUUGCUUUGCAACUUUGGGUAGAAAACCAAUACCUUUUGCUCCUGAUGAAAAUAAAUGAUGUGGUCAACUGUGUAGUCAAGCCAGUCCUCCAUGAAAGCAAUACAGUUUGUCCUUCUCUUUGCAACCUAAUGCUUCAACCCAACUCUCCUUGAAUAGUCCAACAAAUGGCAGCUCUCUGAGAGGGCUAUCUGUAUCGUGCAAUUCUCAUAUGAAGACUUUUCCUACCAGCCCAGAACUUUGAUGGAGAAACAGGCUAGUGACAAAAAUCUUGUCACAACCCUAAUAAAAUAAUACAAUUAUAAACCUUUGCAUUGCAGUCAUGUUUUUCAAUACAAUUAUUAGAAAACAUCUAUAUGUGAUUGGUGACAUUUUGAUCAUUUUACUGGAUUCCUCAUGUCAUACUAUUUAUUAGGAAGAAUUAUGGCCCAAAUCGGAUGUUGGGUACUAUAUUUAUUUAUUGAAGAUUAUAUGAAACCUAUAAAUUAAAAUGGCAAAUUUGAGUGCAAUCAAUUAGCUUAAUAUUUAAACAAAGUAAUGUUUCAGGAAUGCUAAUCUCAUCAGUUUCUAACUACAGAAAUUAUUUCAGAAAAUCUGACAUAGUGUGUGUCAAUGCUAUUUUUUUGUGCUUUUUGAAUUGGAAUGACUCAUGCUAGAACGUGCCAAUAGGAUCUCGCUAGCUUGCGCUUGGCUCUGCCCACCUUCUUGCUUGUUCUACCCUCUAUGAUGAAUUUGCUCCCAUUGCAAACAACAGGCAGUGGUCUAUCUUGGGUUAGUUAUAAAAAAUAUUUGGUUACACUUGUUUACACAGACCUGUGUCAUGUAAAAAUCUACCCAGCCUGAAAUAGUUCCCAGUCGUUCUGAAUGUGACGUUAUGUUGAAAAGAAAAUGUCACAGUGUGAAAUAAUUGCAUGUGCGUCUGUGUGGAUGGCUGAGCUCGUACAGAUAAAUAAUAUAUCAGAAUGAGCAAUGUCAGAGUCCCGAACAUAAAUAGAUAUACACUGAGUGUACAAAACAUUAGGAACACCCCUUUUGCCAUCAGAACAGCCUCAAUUCGUCAGGACAUGGACACUACAAGGUGUCAAAAGCGUUCCACAGGGAUGCAGGUCCAUGUUGACUCCAAUGCUUCCCACGGUUGUGUCAAGUUGGCUGGAUGUCCUUUGGGUGGUGGACCAUUCUUGAUACACACAGGAAACUGUUGAGCGUAAAAAAAAAACAGCAGUGUUGCAGUUCUUGAUACACUCAAACCGAUACACCUGGCACCUACUACCAUACCCCAUUCAAAGGCACUUAAAUAUUUUGUCUUGCUUAUUCACCCUCUGAAUGGCACAUAUACACAAUCCAUGUCUCAAUGCUUGAAAAUCCUUCUUUAACCUGUCUCCUCCCCUUCAUCUACAUUGAUUGAAGUAGAUUUCACAGGUGACAUCAAUAAGGGAUCAUAGCUUUCACCUGGUCAGUCUGUCAUGGAAAGUGUUCCUAAUGUUUUGUACACCGGCCAGUUUAUUAAGUACACCACCCCGUUCACAAAUGAAUCGCACCUACAGACAGUGAGUCACGUGGCCGUGGCUUGUUAUGUGAAGCAGGCAGACUGGCAUCGAGGCAUUCAGUUACUGUUCGAUUGAACGUUAGAAUGGACAAAAUGAGUGACCGAAGCGACUUUGAGCGUGGUAUGAUCAUCAGUGCCAGGCUCACCAGAUACAGUACCUCAGAAACAGUCGCUAUCCUGGGGUUUUCACAGCUCGUUGAUGAGAGAGGUCGAAGGAGAAUGCCUAAAAUCAUGCAAGCUAACUGGUGGGACACAAACAGACAAAUAACAGCGCAGUACAACAGUGGUGUACAGAAUGGCAUCUCGUCGAUCCUUGUCACAGAUGGGCUAUUGCAGCAGACGACCACAACGGGUUCCACUCCUAUCAGCUAAAAACAAGUAGAAGCGGCUCCAGUGGGCACGCCAUCACCAACAUUGGACAAUUGAGGAGUGGAAAAACAUUGCCUGGAACAUGACAGCAAGUUUAGUUCACUUGAGUGGCCUGCGCAGUCCCCAGACCUCAACCCAAUAGAGCAUCUUUGGGAUGAGAUGGAACCGGCUGUUCGCAGCCUGAAUGUACCGCCGUCCAAUCUGCAGCAACUGCGUGAUGCCAUCGCGUCAGGAUGGACCAACAUCCCUGUGGAACGUUUCCGACACAUUGUAGAAUGCCCAAAGAAUUCAGGCUGUUCUGGAGGGAAGGGGAUCUGACCCUGUACUAGAUGGGUGUACCUGAUAAACUGGCCGGUGAGUGUAUAUACAAAAAAUGGUGUGUAUGGACAGUAUAUGAAUGGAAAAGGCGGGUACAGCAGUAGUUAUAUAGGAUGAGCCAUGACUAGAAUACAGUAUAUACAUAUAAAGUGGGUAAAACAAUAUGUUAACAUUAUUAAAGUGAUCAGUGUUCAAUGACUAUGUACAUAGGGCAGCAGUCUCUAAUGUGCAGGGUAGAGUACUGGGUGGUAGCUGGCUAGUAACAGUGACUAAGGUUCAGGGCAGGGUAUUGGGCGGAGGCCGGCUAGUGGUGACUGUUUAACAUUCUGAUGGCCUGGAGAUAGAAGCUGUUUAUCAGUCUCUCGGUCCCAGCUUUGAUGCACCUGCACUGUCUCCGCCUUCUAGAUGGUAGCGGGGUGAACAGGCUGUGGCUCGGGUGGCUGAGGUCUCUGAUCUUCUUGGUCUUCCUGUGACACCGGGUGCUGUAGAUGUUCUGGGGGGCAAGGCAGUGUGCCCCCAGUGAUGCGUUGGACUGACUGCACUACUCUCUGGAGAGCCCUGUGGUUGCGGGUGGUGCAGUUGCCAUACCAGGCGGUGAUACUGCCCAACAGAAUGUUCUCAAUGAUGCAUCUGUAGAAGUUCAUGAGGGUCUUAGGGGCCAAGCCGAAUUUCUUUAACCUCCUGAGGUUGAAGAGGUGCUGUUGUUCCUUCUUCAGAACGCUGUUGGUGUGGAGGGACCAUUUCAGGUCCACAGUGAUGUGCACGCUGAGGAACUUGAAGAUUUUGACCCUCUCCACUGUAAAACUAUUCGGUGUAAUGUUCUUCUCCCUAAGUUCUUCUCCCUAAAUUCCCUUUCCCUUAGAAUUGGUUAGCCUAGGCUUUAAACCCCCUAAACAUAGACCGGUUCCACACAGAAAAUAUGCAAAAACAUUUGUUCGAUAAAGACAGAGCAUAUUUUCAUAAGAAUCAUUAAGCCUAAGCCUACUCACCAAACAGAUGUCGUGGCCGUAACUCAUCACCAUGCAGUGUUCAAUGUGUAAUUGUUAAUACAUUCAGAAAAUUCCAAAGAACGGGCAGAAUAAACUAAAUCGAACCUCUGUAGCUCAGUUUGUAGAGCAUGGCGCUUGUAACGCCAGGGUAGUGGGUUCGAUCCCCGGGACCACCCAUACGUAAAAAUGUAUGCACACAUGACUGUAAGUCGCUUUGGAUAAAAGCGUCUGCUAAAUGGCAUAUUAUUAUUAUUAUUAUCUGUACAGUUGAAGUCAGAAGUUUACAUACACCUUAGCCAAAUACAUUUAAACUCAGAUUUUCACAAUUCCUGACAUUUAAUCCUAGUAAAAAUUCCCUGUCUUAGGUCAGUUAGGAUCACCAAUUUAUUUUAAGAAUGUGAAAUGUCAGAAUAAUAGUAGAGAGAAUGAUUUAUUUCAGCUUUUAUUUCAUUCAUCACAUUCCCAGUGGGUCAGAAGUUUACAUACUGUCACGACUUCCGCCGAGGCUGUCCCCCCUCCUGGUUCGGACAGGCUUCGGCGUUCGUCGUCACCGGAGUACUAGCUACUGCCAAUCCCAUUCUCAUCACUCCACUUGUCAUAUCUUGUCAAUCACACACACCUGGUGCUCAUUCCCCUUGUCUUUUGUGAGUGAUUGUUUUGUUGUGAGAGCGUGUAGCUCGGUUGAGCUACAUUUCACUGUGUUAUUGCCACGGUGGAUGUUUUCCCUUGUACAGUUUCGUUUGACGCUUGGGGUGUUUGAUUUAUGCAAACGGAUUAAACUCUGGACUUCGGUAUUUUACCUCCUGCGCCUGACUCCUUCUUUCACACCUCGUCACACAUACACUCAAUUAGUAUUUGGUAGCAUUGCCUUUAAAUUGUUUAACUUGGGUCAAACGUUUCGGGUAGCCUUCCACAAGCUUCCCACAAGUCAAGUUUGUAGGCCUCCUUGAUCGCACACGCUUUUUCAGUUCUGCCCACACAUUUUCUAUAAGAUUGAGGUCAGGGCUUUGUGAUGGCCACUCCAAUGCCUUUGUUGUCCUUAAGCCAUUUUGCCACAACUUUGGAAGUAGGCUUGGGGUCAUUGUCCAUUUGGAAGAUGCGACCAAGCUUUAACUUCCUGACUGAUGUCUUGAGAUGUUGCUUCAAUAUAUACACAUAAUUUUCCUUCCUCAUGAUGCCAUCUAUUUUGUGAAGUGCACCAGCCCUUCCUGCAGCAAAGCACCCCCACAGCAUGAUGCUACCACCCCUGUGCUUCACGGUUGGGAUGGUGUUCUUCGGCUUGCAAGCCACCCCUUUUUCCUCCAAACAUAACGAUGGUCAUUAUGGCCAAACAGUUCUAUUUUUGUUUCAUCAGACCAGAGGACAUUUGUCCAAAAAGUACAAUCUUUGUCCCCAUGUGUAGUUGCAAACCGUAGUCUGGCUUUUUUAUGGCGGUUUUGGAGCAGUGGCUUCUUCCUUGCUGAGCGGCCUUUCAGGUUAUGUCGAUAUAGGACUAGUUUUACUGUGGAUAUAGAUACUUUUGUACCUGUUUCCUCCAGCAUCUUCACAAGUUCCUUUGCUGUUGUUCUGGGAUUGAUUUGCAAAGUACGUUUAUCACUAGGAGACAGAACGCGUCUCCUUCCUGAGCGGUAUGACGGCUGCGUGGUCCCAUAGUGUUUAUACUUGCGUACUAUUGUUUGUACAGAUGAACGUGGUACCUUCAGGCAUUUGGAAAUUGCUCCCAAGGAUGAACCAGACUUGUGGAGGUCUACAAUUUUUUUUCUGAGGUCUUGCAAGCUGUUUAAAGGCACAGUCAACUUAGUGUAUGUAAACUUCUGACCCACUGGAAUUCUGAAUUAUUAUAAGUGAAAUAAUCUGUCUGUAAACAAUUGUUGGAAAAAUUACUUGUGUCAUGCACAAAGUAGAUGUCCUAACCGACUUGCCAAAACUAUAGUUUGUUAACAAGAAAUGUGUGGAAUGGUUGAAUGACGAGUAUUAAUGACUCCAACCUAAGUGUAUGUAAACUUCCGACUUCAACUGUAUAUCGAAAAGAAGACAGAUUUUGUUUUGUAAUCCUGAAAGAAUUGUCUUUGUCAAAUUGAGCCCCGUUUCAAAUUAUGUUUGAGAAUAACUGUUCCUUUCGCGAGAUGCGCAUCACUUCGUAGUGUCAACUUUUUUAAUUUGGAAAAAUAUUCUGUUCUAUUUUAUUCUGUUAUAUUACAUCAGGGUUGCCCAACCCUGUUCCUGGAGAGCUACCCUCCUGUAGGUUUUCGCUCCAACCCCAGGUGUUACUAACCUGAUUCAUCUUAUCAACCUGCUAAUUUUUAGAAUCAGGUGUGCUAGAUUAGGGUUGGAGCAAAAACCUACAGGACGGUAGCUCUCCAGGAACAGGGUUGGGCAGUCCUGUAUUACGUCAUGUUUUUUUUACUAUAAAGUAGGUGUCUUGACUAUGAUAAGGGCUCUGGAAAUAAGAGCGUCUUGUCUGCUAAAUUAAGAAAGCAAGGCUAUGCCAUUACACAGCCAUAUGUUUUUACAAGCAAAUCGGAUCAAAUUGUAUUGGUCGCAUACACAUAUUUAGCAGAUGUUAUUGCGGGUGUAGCGAAAUGCUUGUGUUCCUAACCCCAACAGUGCAGUAGUAUCUAACAAUACACAGCAAUACACAUUAAUGUAAAAAGUAAAAUAAUGGAAUUAAGAAAUAUAUAAAUAUUAGGACAAAGGGCCACUGCUUAGGUUACUGCCUUUUUGAAGAUUGUGUUCCAUGAUAUUAAUAUAACCAGUUGAUUAUAUUAUAUAUGGUUGAAAUAAAUUAAUCUUAAAUGGCACUUGCUUUUUUAUUGACUGAAUAUACAGUACCAGUCAAAAGUUUAGACAAACCUACUCAUUCAAGGGUUUUUCUUUAUUUUUACUAUUUUCUACAUUGUAGAAGAAUAGUGAAGACAUCAAAACUAUGAAAUAACACAUAUGGAAUCAUGUAGUAACCACAAAAGUGUUAAACAAAUCAAAAUAUAUUUUAUAUUCUUCAAAGUAGCCACCCUUUGCCUUGAUGACAGCUUUGCACACUCUUGGCAUUAUCUCAACCAGCUUCACCUGGAAGGCUUUUCCAACAGUCUUGAAGGAGUUCCCACAUAUGCUGAGCACUUUUUGGCUGCUUUUCCUUCACUCUGCGGUCCGACUCAUCCCAAACCAUCGCAAUUGGGUUGAGAUCGGGUGAUUGUGGAGGCCAGGUCAUCUGAUGCAGCACUUCAUCACUCUCCUUCUUGGUCAAAUAGCCCUUACACAGCCUGGAGGUGUGUUGGGUCUUUGUCCUGUUGAAAAACAAAUGAUAGUCCCACUAAGCGCAAACCAGAUGGGAUGGCUUAUCGCUGCAGAAUGCUGUGGUAGCCAUGCUGGUUAAGUGUGCCUUGAAUUCUAAGUAAAUCACUGACAGUGUCACCAGCAAAGCACCCCCACACCAUCACACCUCCUCCUCCACGCUUCACGGUGGGAACUACACAUGCGGAGAUCAUCCGUUCACCUACACUGCGUCUCACAAAGACACAGAGGUUGGAACCAAAAAUCUCAAAUUUGGACUCAUCAGACCAAAGACAGAUUUCCACCAGUCUAAUGUCCAUUGCUUGUGUUUCUUGGCCUAAGCAAGUCUCUUCUGCUUAUUGGUGUCCUUUAGUAGUGGUUUCUUUGCAGCAUAUCAACCAUGAAGGCCUGAUUCACGCGGUCUCCUCUGAACAGUUGAUGUUGAGAUGUGUUAGUUACUUGAACUCUGUGAAGCAUUUAUUUAGGCUGCAAUCUGAGGUGCAGUUAACUCUAAUGAACUUAUCCACUGCAGAAGAGGUAACUCUGGGUCUUCCUUUACUGUGGCGGUCCUCAUGAGAGCCAGUUUCAUCAUAGCGCUUGAUGGUUUUUGCGACUGCACUUGAAGAGACCUUCAAAGUUCUUGAAAUUUUCCGGAUUGACUGACCUUCAUGACUUAAAAUAAUGAUGGACUGUCGUUUCUUUGCAUAUUUGAGCUGUUCAUGCCAUAAUAUAGACUUGGUAUUUUACCAAAUAGGGCUAUCUUCUGUAUACCACCCUUACCUUGUCACAACACAACAGAUUGGCUCAAUCGCAUUAAGAAGGAAAUAAAUUCCACAAAUUAACUUUUAGCAAGGCACACCUGUUAAUUGAAAUGCAUUCCAGGUGACUACCUCAUGAAGCUGGUUGAGAGAAUGCCAAGAGUGUGCAAAGCUGUCAUCAAGGCAAAGGGUGGCUACUUUGAAGAAUCUCAAAUAUAAAAUAUAUAUGUGUUUAACACCUGUUUGGUUACUACAUGAUUCCAUAUGUGUUAUUUCAUAGUUUUGAUGUCUUAGCUAUUAUUCUACAAUUAAGAAAAUAGUAAAAAAUUAAGAAAAACCCUGGAAUGAGUAGGUGUGUCCAAACUUUUGACUGGUACUGUAUAUAUAUAUAUAUAUAUAUAUGGUAGUAUUUCAAUUUAGCAGUAUUUCAAUCUUCUCGAUGGAGCAUUGUGAAUAAAGGUAAAAUUUGCACUACAGUGGCAUAUCUCAUCCCUGCAUUGAGGUACGUUUUCCAACCCAUGUCUCCCGCCGGCGCCACUGUGUCUUAAUGCAACCGUGAUUACGUUCCGACCUCAGUGCAGCUCAGUAUAAACAAGUAUAAUGGUGCUGUCCGUGUCAUGAUGACAAUAUGUUUUCUUUAUUAGUGAUCAGUCGAAAUCCAGCCAUCACACAACUUGGCUCUGAACAAGUAGGCCUAGCUAAUAUUCUAGUUCUGAUUGUUGUAUUGUGUAGAAUAUGAAUGAAUUAAAGCAUCCUCUCUGUGUUGGGUAGAUGGCUCGGACUCAGAAGAACAAGGCCACAUCUAACCACUUGGGGCUGCUCAAAGCUCGCCUGGCCAAGAUGAGGAGAGAACUUAUCACACCAAAGGGAGGCAGUGGAGGAGGCACAGGGGAAGGUGAGUCCGGACUCCUGAUCAUCAUUCAUUUUUAGAAUGUGUCCCUUUGCUACACAACAGUGCAGUGGAGAUGUAGCGAGUUGAGAUUUACAAGCUCGUGUCACAUUGUAAUGAAAUCUAAUUUGUCACUCUGUUGUAUAGGCUUUGAUGUGGCAAAAACAGGUGACGCCCGUAUCGGGUUUGUAGGGUUCCCCUCGGUGGGCAAGUCUACUUUACUAAGUAACCUGGCAGGGGUGUACUCAGAGGUGGCAGCCUAUGAGUUCACCACCCUCACCACAGUACCAGGAGUGAUCCGUUACAAGGGUGCCAAAAUACAGGUACUUUACUUGCAUCUUAUACCUUUCACACUGCACCUUAAGGCCAACAGAGGCCAAUCUGUACAAACAGUGAUAAUUUGAUUUUUUUCUACAAAUGUUUUAAUCUUUGUCAUUUCUUUAAGAUGUUUUGCAGGAGAAUAUAUUUUAGUAUUAGGAUGCUUAUUCUACUUUUGUGUCUCCAAGCUCCUGGAUCUCCCAGGUAUCAUCGAGGGGGCCAAAGAUGGCAAGGGCAGAGGACGACAGGUCAUCGCAGGUGAGAACCACCAGUGAAGCAUCAGAACCAUACACAAACUACAUGUGACAGUUUAGAGCGCACACACGUGCCACACUCACAUACCUUGAAGGUAGUUUGUAACUGUGGUCUUUCUCUUCCCAGUGGCUCGAACCUGCAACCUGGUCCUCAUAGUGUUGGAUGUUCUGAAGCCUCUGGGCCACAAGAAGCUGAUUGAACACGAGCUGGAGGGCUUCGGAAUCCGCCUCAACAAGCAGCCGCCCAACAUCGGCUUCAAGAAGAAGGACAAAGGAGGCAUCAACUUCACCGUCACAGUACGUGUUUAACACAACGGUUUCACGUCCAGCUCAAUCUGUCCCUAUUUCUCUCUGUGUCUCUCUCUCUUUAGAGCUGUCUGUCUAUCUAUGGAGGUUGAUCGAUCUUUUGUCUCUCCCUUUCGAUUUCAAUGGGCUUACUCUGGUGUUCUUCCUUUCUCUCUCCUUCUCUCCAGUGUCCACAGAGUGAGUUGGAUGGUGACGCAGUGAAGAGCAUCCUGGCCGAGUACAAGAUCCACAACGCUGACAUCACCCUGCGCAGCGACUCCACGGCUGAUGACCUCAUCGACGUGGUGGAGGGAAACCGGUAAGCAGCUGAGCACUUCUACAAACUCAGGGAUGUAAUCUUCCUGAUUAAGCAGGAACUCCUGUUUUUCUGACAUAAUCCUCCAUUCAUCUAUAAUUGGGUCUGACCUAUACCCCCUAGCCAAAAUACUGCUAUACCCCAUUCCAAAGUAUGGUCAACGCUCCCCUACAGACCUGCUGACAGACAUGCUCUGUUUAAUCCCACCAGAGUGUACAUCCCCUGCAUUUAUGUACUCAACAAAAUCGACCAGAUCUCCAUUGAAGAGCUGGACAUCAUCUACAAGGUGCCCCACUGCGUGCCCAUCUCUGCCCACUCCCGCUGGAACUUUGACGACCUACUGGAGAAGAUGUGGGACUACCUGCACCUAGUGCGCAUGUAAGGAGACGCUCUCUCAACCUAACAGCCCGUAGAAGGGACAUAUAGGGUUAUUGGAAACCAUAUUACACUGCUUGAUAAAUGUGUGGUUUGUGUCUAAAUUCAUUAAUAAUUUGAAUGUGUUGUCCCCCAGAUACACCAAACCCAAAGGCCAGCUUCCUGACUACACAUCUCCAGUCGUUCUACCUACUGAACAUACUACAGUAGAGGACUUCUGUCUGAAGAUUCAUAAAAGCCUCCUCAAAGAAUUAAAAUAGUGAGUACUAACUACACUAUUGACUAAUGGCUUUUGUGCUUCUUGUUGAUGUUUUGGAAAUGACUGAGGUAUACCCACCCCAGUAUUUAACCGAUUUAAAGCCACAAUCUGUAAGAAAUAAAGAACUCACCAAAUGCACAUAGCUGCCACUAGGUGUCCAAUGUUAACAAUUGAAUUACCGUUCAAGGGAGAGCACAGCACACAGACAUAUAUGAUACAAUGUUGCACCUGGCUGGUAUUUUUCUAACACUCAGUUAUCCUGUCCUUUCAGUGCUCUGGUGUGGGGUGCUUCAGUGAAACACAACCCCCAGAAGGUGGGAAAAGACCAUGUCAUGGAGGAUGAGGACGUAAUCCAGCUGGUGAAAAAGUAAAAGGACUCCUGACUCACUGCAUCACAGGGAAUAGUCUGCUGCUCAUGAAAACCCCCCUCAAACAUAUCCACGAGAACAUCUGUGUCUUGUGGUUCUCAAUUUUAUGUUGGAAUUUUCAAACUGAAAAGAAAAAAUUAUAUGAAUGUCAAUGUUGCAUUUACCUCCCUCAUUUAUACCCGUAUGUGAUUCAUAACAUCCAUCGAAGAGGUAUGAGCCUUGAAUAUAACAUUUUUAAUCAAAUAAACACCAUAAAAAGGACUAUUUUAUUAUAUGAAGUCAUCGUCUUUUAUUUUGAUAAUUAUAAAGGCCAUUGGGUUUAUGCCUGGAAAGAUACACUGUAAUUAAUGUUGAACAACACUGAAUUAAUAUAACAUUCACGUUUCCCUUCAUAUGAAAUACAUCCACAUCCUG